AAGGGGCGAGAAAAGCGAAAGAACCGGCGCGACCUAUUCCCAAUUCUCUUCUUUUGCUAAGAUAAUUCGUUCUCGAACUUGAAGGUUUCUGGUGCAGUUGGCGGAAGAAAGACUUGAUUUUUAUUGAAUGCGCCAAGAUUAGGGCUUGAAUUCUUUCAGUGGAAGGUUCUUUUUUUUUUUUUUCCGGGGAACGUGGGUUCUGGAUAGCUACCUGGAUUCCAGCCCCCAACUGGGAGCCGCCCCCUCAGUGGUCCCAUCACGGAUCGCUGGUGGUGGAGGCCAGUCCCAGUCUUCCUCGGCCUCUGGAAUAUUAUUUCAAGGCGACUGCCGGAGCCUAGCCCCAGUGAACUCCAUGUCAGGGACCGGGCGAUCUGGUCUCUAUCCGGCCUCUGGAGACAUGAACCACGGGGUCCUCAACAGUGCUGCAAACUCUUCUGGGCCCAGUGUCGGCGCAAACUCGCUGGUUACGGAUGCCAGCUCGGCGCUCUCUGGCAGGCCUCAGCUACAAAGGAGCACCAGCAUCAACACUGAGUCCUACAUGCGUCUACCUGCCUCACCUAUGUCCUUCUCAUCAAACAAUGUAUCAGGUUCCCCUAUGAUGGAUGGCUCUUCCAUUGUGCAGCAGAGCCCACAACAUGACCAGGUGCAGAAUCAAGUGGUGUCCAGUGCCAUGUCUCGGCCGACAGCUCAGGAGGUGGGUGAUUUGUCAAAUGCCCAAAAGAAACCACGGCUUGAUAUGAGGCAGGGGAGUAAUUAUCAGCAGCAGGUAGUCCAGCAGCUUCUGCAGAGACAUGAGCCAUUGCAGCUGCAGGGACAUCAGAAUCCACAGUUAGAGGCCAUAAUGCGGCAGCAGAGGUCAGCACAGCAUCAAGCUCAGCAGCAGCAUCAAGCUCAGCAGCAGCAAUUGCUGCAAUCCUUUCCACAGAUACAGCAAGCCCAGACAGCCCACCAACAACAACAUCAGUUGAGACAGCAUCUGCAGCAGCAGAACAUGCGACCAGUUACGCCUGCAAAAUGCCCCCUGGAUGGAGGGUUAUGUGCUCGCCGUCUUACGCAAUACAUGUAUCAUCAGCGUAAUCGGCCAGCUGAUAAUUCUAUACAAUAUUGGAAGAAAUUUGUGACAGAGUAUUUUGCACCACGAGCUAAGAAAAGGUGGUGUUUGUCAUUGUAUGAUAAUAUAAAAAGCAACCAUGCCUUAGGUGUUUUCCCACAAGCUACUAUGGAUGCAUGGCAAUGCAGCAUCUGUGGUUCUAGAUCAGGAAAAGGAUUUGAGGCAACCUUCGAAAUACUGCCGAGGCUUUAUCAUAUUAAAUUUAAUUGUGGGGUUAUUGAUGAGCUACUAUUUCUCGGUAUGCCUCGUGAACGCCAGUUGUCUUCAGGAAUAAUGGUUUUGGAGUAUGCAAAGGUUGCUCAAGAGACUGUUUAUGAACAUAUACGUGUUGUUCAUGAGGGGCAACUCCGAAUCAUGUUCACAGAAGAAUUAAAAAUUUUGUCUUGGGAGUUUUGUGCACGACACCACGAAGAGUUUCUCCCUCGUAGGUUGUUAGCACCUCAGGUAAGCCAGUUGUUCCAUGCUGCACAGAAAUAUCAAACUGCUGUACCUGACAAUGGUUCUGCUGGAGUCUUGCACCAAGAUUUCCAAGCCCCAUGUAACAUACUUCUUCAAACAAGCUGUCAGGUGGCAAAAAAGCUGGAAUUACCGUCCUUAAAUGAUUUAGGAUUCUCAAAAAGAUACGUGCGAUGCUUGCAGAUAUCUGAGGUGGUAAAUAACAUGAAAGACCUGAUUGAUUUUAGCCAGGAGCACAAGAUUGGACCCUUAGAGAGCUUGAAGAAUUAUCCUCAACAGGUUGCUGCAAAGCUACAAAACACGAAGAUGCAGGAACCGAAGCAACUGAUGACUGCUCAUGGUCUGCCAGCUGAUCAGAGUACCCUGAGUAAAAUCAUUGGCGUUCAUCCUGGGAGAAGCAGCAACAUGAGCAAUAACAUUACAACCAGCCGAGUUCAUAAUAACAUCCCGCAGAACGAUGUGGUUGUGAACAACUAUCAGAACUUACUGAGGAACCAUGUGAACACAAACCAAAAUGAAUUUCUGCAGGAAGCAUCAAGUACCAUCAAUGGCCCCAACCAUGCAAAGCCUGGGCAAUUUCAGGGUUCUGUUUCUUCACUUCUGACAAACAUGUCUGUUAAUGGUAUAGGAGGUGCACAUCAGCAGCAUGUGUUGAAUGGUACCUUGCAUCAGCAGAAUAACCUACAGCCUUCACAGGUGAACCAACACAUGCCUCAACAUGUAAUGCAGCAGUUGCUGCAAGAGGUGUUCAAUAACAGAGGAGCACCACAACAGGCUGUUGGUGGCCCUAAUGCAAAUGGUAACAUGCUAACUGGUGAAGGCUUUGGCAGUGGCGUUGCUGACGCAGGAGGUUUGCCGGUGAGGAUGAAUGUUGGGUCAAUCAAGAACGGAACGGAGUUGGGGAGUAUCCCUGCCAACAUGUCCGGCAAUAAUGCCUUGGGACCCUUUCAGAGCAGGAGCAACAGUUUCAAUUCUGUUGCCCGCAACCCUGCGAUUAGCGGCAACAGUCUGAAUUCAAGACCAGACUUGCCCCAAAGCGUAGAUCUGCCAGAGCUGGAUCAAAUCGCUCAAGAAUUUGCAGAAAAUGGGAUAUUUAAUGGGGAGCCCUGGUGAUGUAGAAUAUGGAUGAAACACAGGAAAAUAUUUAUGAAGUUGACAGUUUAGUAAGCUCAAAAGAGUAGCUCUGAUAUGAAAGUUCUUUGGAUGAUGACUUGACCCUGAUAAUUUUUUUUGUUAUGUUGGCAGUUUUGUGCUUUGCCAUUUCAAACUGCAUCCAUUACUCUUCUGAGAACAAUUUCAAUGUUAGUCAUUUUUCAAAGCUUUGUUAUUAAUAGACUGUUUGCAUAAAUGUGUUGAGAUAUGGGCAAUUGCAAA